CAGAAUGGAUUCUCAGAUCAAGCACGCCGUGGUGGUGAAAGUGAUGGGGAGAACAGGUUCACGUGGUCAGGUGACGCAAGUAAGAGUGAAGUUCACAGAUUCAGACCGUUUUAUCAUGAGGAAUGUGAAAGGACCGGUUAGAGAAGGAGACAUCCUCACUCUCCUCGAGUCCGAGAGAGAAGCUAGAAGACUCCGUUGAUCUCUUAUGCCAUUUCUCAAAUUCACAAAAUCUCUCGGCCUUAUGGUCAUGUUUUUGUUUUGUUUUGUCUAGAGUGUGGCUAUGUUUACAUUACUUAAGACAAUCUUAUAUAUUAAAACAGAAGUCAUGACUUGAUUUCAUGUGUGAUUUUUUAAAAAAUAGACUGUUACUAGAAAGUUAUGUUACAUUAACUCUCUAAUAAUAUUAUCAUUAUUUUAUCUUAUAAUAUGCUUAACAAUUUUGUUUUGGUAAAUUAC